UAGAUUAGGAAUGGUGCAUGUUAGUUGGACUUUGCUUUUUAAACAAGACAAUGAGAUGCAUCUGUCAGAAUUUCUUGUUAUCUCGUCUUCUGUAACGUUACUCUUUUCGCUUCAGGGUGCAGCAGGGUGAGCUAACGUGAAAUAGUCAAUCUAAUAGCUAUGGCAGAUAAUCUGAGGAGUUAUUUGUAUAAACAACUGCCAAGUGUUGAAGGACUCCAUGCUAUAGUGGUGACCGAUAGAGAUGGAGUCCCUGUAAUCAAAGUUGCCAAUGACAAUGCUCCUGAAUAUGCUUUGCGGCCAACGUUCCUGUCCACCUUUGCAUUGGCAACUGACCAGGGCAGCAAGCUGGGUUUGUCCAAAAAUAAGAGCAUCAUUUGUUAUUAUAACACUUACCAGAUUGUACAGUUUAACCGAUUACCCUUAGUCAUAAGUUUCAUUGCAAGUAGUAAUGCCAACACAGGUCUGAUCUUCAGUCUUGAGAAGGAACUGGUUCCUCUGAUUGAAGAACUAAGGCAGGUGGUGGAAGUAGCUUAGCAGUUAUUCAUCUCAGCACCUAAGGACAUGUGGAUGAGGAUAAAAGAGCCACGAUCUAUCACUCAUCCAGUCUGAUGUCUUGAUGUCGUAGUUCAUACACACACACAUGUACAUACAUAAUGUUGGAUGGUCUUGAUGCUGUAUGUCUUUUACGAAUGUAACCUGUUCCUUUUUGUCUCCUCAUUAAUAAAUGUAUCUAAAGCUUUGGUUUACAAAAAUAAA